UAGAUAUGGUCUAUUCAUUUUGACAAACAUAUCAUUUAGUCUUAUAAAAUAUAAUUAAGUCACUUUUGUCGUUUGAAUGAUUUAAUCUAGUUAUUGUCAACUAAAUGCCCUUUCAUUUUAGUCACAUCACAUUUGUAUUGGCUCAUUAACCUAUAGUAAACAUAAAUCACUGACUUCCAUGUACAAAUGCAUAGCCUUGUCCUACCAACAUAUAUUUUUCUGCACAACAUCUUAUUUUCUUCCCAACAGCAGAAAUAUGACAAACAUAUACAGUGUACAAAACAUUAUGAACACCUUCCAAAUGUUUGCCCUUAGAACAGCCUCAAUUUGUUGGGGUAUGGACUCAAGGUGCCAAGCUUUCCCCUGGGAUGUUGGCCCAUGUUGACUCCAAUGCUUCCCACAGUUGUCAAGUUGGCUGGAUGUCCUUCGGGUGGUGGACCAUUCUUGAUACACACAGCAAACUGUUGUGCAUUGCCUUAUUUAUUUUAUAGCAUAUUGGGUGACAGUCAUUCAUAUUCCUUUCACCCAGCUCAAUGUAACUUUGAUAGGUUUAGGUUACUACAUGAUACUCAAAUUUGCCCUGUACCCAUCAUGAGGUUGCUACAACCUAGCCUAAGAAUGGAAGUUUACAAUGUAGGUGCACAGGUCGAGAGAAACAUUUGAGUAAUCAAGGUGACAGACAGUGACACAUUCAAUACCGCCUUGUACACUUGCCUGCAUCUAGCUGAUCUAAGGUGUAAUCCAACAGUUGCAAACAAGAGUUUCUAUUGUACAAAUUCUGGUAUGUUUAUCCCUGUUCUGUUUGCUUCCGUUUCAGAAAAGUUUUUCAACAGAAUCGGCGGAAUGAAUACACCCCUGAUCACACGCAAACACAGUUCACUUUCAUAGCAGCCACAUACAAACAGCAUAAUCAAAGCAUAACACAUCAGCAUAACACAUCAGCUGUCUGUGACCCAGGCUGUGUGACCAGGCGACAAAACCUUUACAAGCCAAACGUUCAUAUCAUAAUCGCUACACAGAGCCUACAUCAUUGUCAUGCAGUGCAGUUUAGCAGUUACACUAGCGGGCCCCGGUGGCAUUAAAUUUAAACCAAAAGCUUACCAACCAGUGUUGGCUAGCCAUAGCCAGCUAGCUAACAUGGCAUCCCACUCUGUUUGAGAUGGGUGUUUUUGAGUAGACAAAACUAGCUACCUAAGUGAAAGUGAGAAGGAAAAAAAUCUUUCUUGCUUCUCCAUUUUUUAAGAAAUGAAUUUGUUCAAAACUGUCCAACUAUUGUCUUUCUCUCCGAGUCAACUAAUUGUAUGCACUGCAGUGCUAGCAAGCUGUCGCUUAUGCUUUCAGUACUAGAUUCAUUCACUGAUCCUUUGAUUGGGUGGACAUGUCAGUUCAUGCUGCAAGAGCUCUGAUAGGUUGGAGGACUGCCUCCAGAAGUUGUCAUAAUUAUUGUGAAAGUCUAUGGAAAGGGGUAGAACCAAGAGCUUCCUAGGUUUUGUAUUGAAGUCAAUGUACCAAGAGGAGGACGGAAACUAGCUGUCCUCCGGCUACUUAAUGGUGCUACCCUGCAGAGUUCUGUUGAGGCUACUGUAGACCUCAAUUGCAAAACAGUGUUUUAUAAUCAAUUAUUUGGUAAGAUGUGAAUAUAUUUAGAAAAUUUUUAUCUUAAAAGGAUAACUUUUUUUCAGGUUUAACUUUUUUUUUAAAUGAAAUUCACUGAGGAGGAAGGUCCUCCUCUUCCUCAUGAUGAGCCUCCACCGAUCAGAUGAAAACAUGACUUGUUGAGUUUAUACCACAAUAAAAUGUAAUACAUUUUAAAGGUUAAAUAGCAAAUCUUUACAACUUGGUCCACAGAGAUCCUGUUGAAUUAAUAGGGAUUUUAUAUUUAAUUCUGAUUAAGCUCAUCUAUACCGGGAAUAAAUGAAAUCUACUUUCACCCCUGAUUAUAUAAGAAUUAUCUGGCCAUGUAAAUUCCUAAUUCCGGCUCAAAAAGACACACACAAGUGCAGAGCGAGAGAGAGUAGUGUUUCGCCCAGUGAUGUAGUAGAGUCACUAAACCUUGAGUCCCCUGUGCUCACGUCACAAGUCCCUAUGGCUGAAGUUGGACCAGGACUUUGGCACUGGCACUUUAAGUGCUCAAGUCUGAGUCACUGGGUCCACAUUAACUCAAAAGCUAUUUACCCAGUCAGAUAUAGCGUAGUGGCAAGAGGAAUUUAGCAACUAGUCUCUUGUAAUCAGCCAACCGCAUCCCAUUCUAGCCAUCACUUACCUGCUUCUCUCCGUCCGCUCUUCAUGCUCAUCUCUUCCUCCAUCAUUUAAAAAAGUAUAAUUUAGCUGUGAUGCAGUCCCUGAUCAGUUAUCUGUUGUUACAUUUGUACAUUUGAUACAUUGGAGCAGCUCGUAGAGUGAGCAAAGUUGAUACAUUGUAUAUCAUUUCAUCCUUGGUAUAACCAGUGCACAGGCCAGUCUGGGUAGGCUUUGCAAGUUCGUUGUCACGCAGCAGUGCCAGAGAAGAAAAACAGCUUUGCAACGGGCAUGUGUGCAGAUUUACAGCAAAUAAAACUGCUCAUCUCUAAGCUCAAAUGGUAAUAAAAAAUAAAUAUGACCCACGAUUUCGGGCACAUUUGAUGUAAUUUCACAAACCAGGUCGUGGGCCGUGUUAAACUAAGCCUGGGCCGAUAAUUACUGGUUUGAUAACAAACAACAUUGUUCAGUCAUGGACAAAUUUGAAGAAAGGAAAAGGGUCUGCUACUCAUGAGAUCUGCUUCCAAGGUAGGAUUCAUAUGGACCUAAUGCAAGCCUAAAAUAUAUAUUUUUAAAUUGAUUAUCUUUCUGGUGCUCGAUACGUUAUUUUGUGCAUAACGUUUUUAAAGUUGGGAGCAGUAUGUGAGUGUGUUACAACUGAAGAGUAAAGGUUUCAUGCAGUGCUUUCCCCUUACUGCCACAAUGACAUGCAGAUCAUUAUGCAUGUGUAUUCCUGAAGUGGUAAUAUCAGUGACAGGUUUUUUGUGAAGCACGUGCAUAGCGUUUAGAAAAACAGGAACAAGCGUUGGAGGGGACGGAGCGAACAGGACGCUAGGUCACUGAAUAUUUCUGCUGUGGUAUUGCGAUACUUGGCCUGGUAUCGUUUGUAAAAUGUUGGUAUCGUGACAACACUACAGCUUAUAGGGAUGAGGUCAGUGACCUGGAAACCUCUCCCUCAACGGCAGCAAGACAAAGGACCUGAUCGUGGACUACAGGAAACCGAGGCUCAGAACGUCCCCGUCCUUAUUGACGGGGCUGUAGUUGGAGUAUCAAGUAACUCGGUGUCCACAUCACUAAGGAAUUAGCAUGGUCCACAAACACCAACCCAGUUGUGAAGAAGGGACGACAACACCUCUUCUCCCUCAGAAGACUGAAAAGAUUCAACAUGGGCCCUCAGAUAGUACAGCUUCACAAUUGAGAGCACCUUGACUGGCUGCAUCACCGUUUGAUAUGGCGACUGCUUGGCAUCAGACCCAGGGAGGAAGAGAGGCCCAACUCGGAGGAAAAUCUGACUCCCUCCAGAAGGUGGCGUUUGACUAUUUUCGCCCACCAAGCAAGGAGUUUUUGUAGGGAGGUCAGUGAUAGUGUUGAAUUUUGCCAACAAAAAAUGUUAUGGCUUAUUUUCUACGUGAGCUUUAUUUGAUCGAAUAGAAGCUUCGUAAUGCUUAAGUUGUUACGAGUGUAAGUACGACGUGACAUCCCGGCAACUUUGGGGGACUUCUUUUUUUUUUUUUUUUUUUUUACAUCGGAAUCGUCUCGAGAUGGCUAUUAUUGUCAUGAGGCUAGUAGCGUACCUUCUAUCUCCAUUGAGUAUUGGCGGUUGACGUCCACAACCCUCAUCGAAUAUUCAAAAAUGGAUUACAAUAAUGAGACGUAUCCACCAAUCCAAAUAAAGUUUAGUCGGGAGCUAGACAGCCCUCCGUGCCGCUUUGUGGACAAUAACUCUCAUUGUUAGGGCGGAGAGACGUGUAUCUUGUCAGAAUAUCCAUAAUCUUUGUCUCUCUUCCGUGAUCCGGAAACUGAUAAGUGGUCACAUACGCCGAUUCAUGGACCGUCUAUAUCUGGGUUGCAUCCGGUUUAUACAGACUAACGUUAGAUGCGCACAAGAACUCAGUGGGCACAGGUAGCAGCGACGACGUCAUCCCAAAACCUGGCAGACAUUGGGUGGAUAUAAAAUGUUUAUCUUUGGCUGUGAAGGACAUCUCACUGGAGGCUACAGGAGCUUUGUGAAGCCAGCGGGACACAAUACAUGGAGAGAUGACCAACCAAUCACUGUUGAUGAGGGGAGUGAAACCUCAAGCCAGCACGUAAUCGUGAUAGAGUCUGAAGAUGCAGAGGCUGCAGGUCCUGGAGAAUUGUCUCUGGUCAAGCAGGAGGGGUCUGAAGGAGAAGAGGACCCAUGGCACAGCAGAGACAUCCAGACUGGAGCAGCAUCUGGAGUGCCCCCUGUAGCCACAGAGGACCCCACAUCACCUACCCAGUCCAGGAUCCGACACCGCAUCACGGAGGUCAGUGGAAUGCCGAACUCCGCCCUCAAGUCAGAGACCGACACCAAGACAUUAACUGAAACACACAGGCUAUUACACACAGGAACUGACCACAGAUCAGACCCAGAGAGACUGGGGCUGGUGCCACUCGGCUGUCCUCCUGCUCCCGGUUCCGAAUACUUAACGGUAUUUCACCAGAGCCAGAAGACGCUUCAUUCCCGUGAAGAUGGUAAUGCGAUAGAAACUGGCGUUGAGGAUCCGUCUUGUUCUUACUCUACAGAGAUGGACCCUGGCAAUAUAUCCUUGGGAUUAGAGACGCAAACUAAUCUGUCUAGAGGGGACUGGAACCGGUACAGUAGUAGUGUGUUCUCUGAAGGGUGCCUAGAUAAGAAAGGGGAGGUUAUAGUCAUUGAUGAAGUGACUGUGAAAGUGGAGGGUGACGCUUCUCCCACAUGGAAUGUGGAUAGUCACCUAGGUGACGGACACUCACAAGGCAGAGACUUCUUAGAUUACAGGGAAAGCUUAGAGACAAUUCCAAAUGACGUGACCCACUCCCCUUUACACACGCUCAGGGAUCGGGACCCAGUGUCCACAUCGAUGGGACCUUCCGAUUCACACAACCUUUUCGAUCAGGUAUUGAACUCAAACGACAGCGCUAGAGCCCAGGCUCAGGGAGGGGGAGCAACAUCAGACAGUAGUAAAGAGAAACGGUUCCUCUGCAUGUUCUGUAGCAAAGGCUUCAGCUGUCCUCAAAAGGUGGAGAUUCACCAGAGAUUCCACACAGGGGUGAAACCCUUCAGCUGUAACCAGUGUCACAUGUGCUUUGCCCAGUCUGGUGACCUGAAGAGGCACCAGAGGGUCCACACAGGGGAGAAACCCUACAGCUGCCCACAGUGUGAGAAGAGGUUCUCCCGCCUGGACAAGCUGAAGAUGCACCUGAAAGUCCACACGGGAGAGAGGCCGUUCGCCUGUACGCACUGCAGGAAGAGGUUCUCAGAGAGGAGCUACCUCAGGAUACACCAGCAGAAAAACCAUUCCACUCUAUAACAUAGAAGGUAACAUUCCACUCCAUAGCUUCUGAGGUUUACAUCAAACCCUGCCUUAAAGAGAAAUAAUAAUUUUUAUUGUUGUCAGCAGAAAAGAUCCACAGAUGAAUUUGAAAUAAUGAGAGUAACAGAUUUCGGUGUUGAAUAUUCCUGGGUAGAAUAUUGCAUCCAGACAUUGUGUGAUGUAUAAGCCUAAAUAGUCUGUUACAUAUUGUGUUUGUACAGUGUAGGCUAUAUGAUGUUUCCAAAUGCCUAUUUCAUUACUUCCAUUAAACUACCUAAUUUUUAAUGAGAAAAUUAAUUACGUUUUUCAAGUUUAUGCAGAUUUUUAGUUGAGACGUGUAUGUGUGGUUUUCAUAUGGUGUAUUUAACACUUGUUUAUGUUUAAUAAACACAAAAUGGGACUUUUCA